UUUUUUUUUUUUUUUUUUUUUGUUUCUAUUCAGUGUAGUUUUAUAGGUGUUGAUCUUAUCGUUUGAAACAAUUGUUUUUCUGCACUCUCUUCUGUUUUGAUUCUUGAAACACGCAUAUUGAUAUUAUCAUGACAGAUUACCUUGGUUAUAUUUACAGUUUAUUAGUCUUUACCGGUGGUGUUAUUGGUUAUGUAAAAGCUGGUAGUACUAUCUCAUUAGCUGCUAGUUCUGUUUUUGGUUUUGGUGCUGCUUACGGUGCUACUCUUGUCUCUCGUAAUCCCAAGAAUGUAGGCUUGUCUUUAGUGGUGAGUUUGGUAUUGUUGUUAGUAAUGGGAUUACGCUUUAACAAAAGUGGAAAAUUCAUGCCUGCUGGUCUUGUCAGCUUGUUGAGUUUCGUUAUGGUUGCAAGGUAUGGAUAUCAACUUUUAUGAUUCGAUACUGAAGAAGAUGAACUAGUUAAUUAGUCUUACUGAAUAGUGAAUAUAAAUCAAUAAAACAGGUGACUUUAUUUGGAUAUUUUA